AUGAAAGGAAACAGACUAAACUUUACUAUAAUAAUUAUUAUAGCCAUACUCAAUAUUACAAAGCAAGUUUAUGGAGAUGAUUCUAUGUCUCUGGUAAAAAAUGCACAACAUAUUAAAAUUAAAGUAGAUUCUGGAUAUGUAUAUAUAAACCCAGAUGGAUCAUUAAAUCUAUUAAGGGGAUAUAUAAUAGAUAAGAUGGGAUUAAUUCAUAACAUAAGAGACUUUACACCCGAUCUAGAUAUUAAGUAUACAGUGUCACCGGAUACUUCAGAGGGCAGUGAAUGGACUUCACAUAUAUUAACUAGAAUUAGAGAUGAAGAUAGGCCGUUAUUUAAAGAAUUCGAAAAUGGGAUUAAAGAUAUAUAUUUAAAUAAGUAUUAUAUAGCACUUAUAAAUCUAUUCCCAUUUAUAGAUAAGGAUAUGCCAAUUGAAACACCAAAUGAAGAUAGUUUUAUACGAUUUUUAAGAUCAAAAGAUGUAUUGCCAAAUAUGCAAUAUGUUCUAGCAGCAAUUCUUCUUAUUACAGAAGGAGUUAAUAUAAAUAUUGACGUAAGUGAUGAUCAAUACGCUCCAACUCUUACUAUUAAAAGAAAAAACAAUAUUGAGUAUAUGAGCACUAGCCUAAACAUAAAGAAGUCUGUGAGAAAAUCAAGGGAGGAUAAAUGGGUUUGCCAAAGAAAAACCAUUGAGUUGAUUGAAUUCUUUAAAACAUUCGUAAGUGCGUAUUUCUUAUACAAAGAAAAUGAAUUUGCAGAGCCCAUCACAUUAGAGCAAUUUAAGAGCGGCAAGUUCCUUAAUAACCCGGGGUUUCUUAUACAGACGUUUAUAUACUAUGUAUUAAAGACAGAGGAAGGCAUAAAAGGAUUUUAUAAUGCAGUUCAUAAAAUGCUUAGUAACCAUAUAAAAGAUACUAUUGACUCAAGUGAUACAACACAUCUAGAUGCAUACUAUGAUGUCUAUAACAAGUUAUUUAUACAUGCAGAUGACAAUUUCUAUAUUCCUUCUACUCUAUCAUAUAUUAAUGCAUUAGAAAGCAUUCCAAUGGUACUGAAAAAAGAAGAAGUGCUUCCAUUUAGUAACACUAGGCAAAUUCCUGAUUUAGAAAAUAUAAUUAAAAAUUCGAAUAUUUCAUGUAUAGAUAAAAAUGUAAAAAUACAUUUACUACAAGUCGAAAAUAAUAUGACUCUUUCGAUAUUAGGGAUUGUUUGCUGUUUAUUGUACAAUCCUAAGGAAUGCCAGUAUAUUUUUACAAGAGAACAAUAUUCAUUGACAUUAAUCAACUUCUUUCAAAAUUACAUGCGCCCAUUCCAAAGCAUUGGUGUAAGCGCGUAUAAUGAAUGGAGUAAUAUUUGUAUGAGUAUUAUGAAGAAUAAAAAAGUAUUUGCAGAUAAUAAUAAUAAAAUCUACCCAGGAUUAUUAAAUAUGCUAUAUUCAUUAGUAGAUAUCCUAGAAGAAGACGUAAAGGAAGUGGUUAUGCUUGAUGGUUUUAUUCAGAAAGCAUGUAAAUCAAAAUUUAUAGAAGAUAAAGAAUUCUACAGGAAGCUAAACAAGUAUCUUACAAAGCUAUUUAGAAGGAUGAGUGUUAAUUCAUAUGUGAUGGUGGCAUUUGAAAAUGUUAAAAAAGUGCAUAAAAACAACAGGUGUGAUUUACAUGGGAAGUUGACUAUAUUGUAUACGUAUAUAGACAAUCAGAAGGCCAUAAGUAUAGAUAUUAGUGAUAAUGGCAUAGGUAUGAUACCGAGUAAAACGAUUACGCCCUUUUAUAUUACUAAGAAAAAAGAAAUACUCGAUUUAACUUAUAUGUAUACAGAAAAGGAUAAUUUUACUGCUUGCUUAGUCACCCAUUAUAUUGAGUGCACGGCAAACGAUGUGGAAAUAAAACUGGGAAAAAAUAAUUCAGAGGGGUUUAUAAAAGAAGUUAAAAACCAAAUAAGCACAGGAUUUAAAAACAUAAAUUCAUUACUAGUAAUGAGGAAAAUAGAUUGUUUAUGGUACAAAAAACAGAUUAUAACUGCAAUGCUAAUUAAUUCCUGCGAUAGCAAUAGAGAAAUCACGAAAAUAGCUCCAUUAAUUCGGUUUUUAUCUAAUAUCAUAGGAAGCUGUGAUUUGAGCAAGCCUGAUGUACUUAAAGAAAUUAUAUGCCGUACUUCCUUUAUAAACAACUAUGAUAAAAUAUUCCCGCAUAUACAGAUUAAUCAGAGGUUAUAUGAGAUAAUCAACUGUACUACAGACAUAGAAACAAUUACAACUGUAUUAUUGAGUAUAAUAGAGAACAAAUUGCCAGGUCUUUUACUAAGCUGUAUAGAGAAGUAUAUGCAAGAGAAUAGUGACACAGAGAACAGGUGGUUUAACCAAAUCUUUAAAUCCUAUAGUAAACAGAUAUAUGAGUGUUUCUUAGAAUACAACAGUAUUGUAUAUUUAAAUGCACUAUCCAAGCUCAUGGUGGACUCUGGGUAUACAGAUAAAAUUAUUGAAAUAGUUAAUGUCAUAUCGCUAGUAUAUGCGUGUGAGUCAAAGAGCAUAUCGCCAUCACAAAUUAACCAAAUAUAUAACAACAUUAGCAUAAAAUGCAUUUCUACUCUUAGUGAUAUAGAGCAGUAUCUUGAAAUAGAAACCAGUUACAAAAAAGUAACAGAAAUGCUUUCAGAUAAAAAGAAAGAAGUGCAUAAAGGAAGUGAAGUGGAGAAAGAGAAACUCAAUAAGCUUAUUAGUCUUUUUAAACUUAAAUAA